AUGGAAGACUCCAUCGAGGAUGCUACAAUUGACGCUGAGGAGGAUUUUGCACCGCCUCCAAUGCAAAUAUCUUAUGAAGUACUGGACGGAAUAACCCAGGACGCAGGUUUCCUUGAUGAUGAUGAUCACGAGUCCUGUUCUCUUAGUGACGAAAUUGCAUCCGCAAUAAACAAAGAGAAGAACAAAGUUGUGUUUGGUGAAGCAGGAAAAGACUUUGUUGAUGUUCUAUUUAGCUUCCUUACUCUUCCUUUGGGAACCAUUGCAAGGCUUGUGGCAAAGGAGGAGAAAGAUUUGCAGCCAGUUAAAGUUGGAUCACUAAGUUCUCUUUAUUCAAGUGUUGCAAAUCUUGAUGAAAGUGAGUAUCUGACUACUGAAACGUGUAAAGAGAUGCUACUGCAACCGAGAAACUCCAUGGAGCCUUAUAUAAAGAAAAUGAAGCUCAACAUUGAUGACACAAAACCCACAACCUACUAUGUAUGCAACAACAUUCGUAGGUGUAGACACCACCAAACCAAGGUGGAGGCGAGCACUUUUUCAAACAAGCAAUGUAGCUAUUGUGGGGAAUUGUGUGCAAAAACUAUUUCCCCACUAUUCUCUGCCGAUGUCUUUGAUGGCUUUGUUAAGAGUGGUGUGGCCUUUUUAAUCAGCGAUGAACUCAAGGUUGUGCCGAUUUCCAUGGAUGCCAUGUGUGAUAUGUUCAAGGAUUCUGGAACAGAUGACAUGCGUCCAGUGGAACAAGUAACUGUGAAUGUCACUAAGAAACAGGUAUUGGAAUUGCUCAAGAUUAGUUUGGUCUCAAAGACAACACUGUCAUAUGCGUUCUUGGAAAAGAAGCCUUCUAUUUGGACAUUUUUAAGCCCAAUACGUCUGUUUGACAUUGCAUCUAAAGGUGGUAGUAGUAGCAAGAAAAUUGAAGUGAAAGUUGUGCAGAGAAAAUCUGAUAGUAGGAUUUUGUUUGUCCAAGGGAAAAAAGAUUUUGCUGACAUGCUUUACAGCUUCCUAACAUUUCCUUUGGGAGCUGUUGUUAAAUUGCUGGAAGGAAAUUCUUGUAUGGGAAGCAUGGAUGCAUUGUAUAACAGCAUUGUUGGUUUAAGUGAGGAUUAUUUUGUUUCAAAGGAAGUGAAAGACAUGCUUGUUUCUCCUCUACUUGCCCCACAAUUCAAAUUAAGCAACCAGAUUAUUCCACUUGAUGAAUCUCAUGCUCCAACGUAUUAUUUUGACACGGCACUCGGCUAUCACUAUCUAUCCACAUGUAGAGGAUGUGAAGCUUUAGAAUUGGAUAUGUUUGAUCCCACAGAUAACGGAGGAAGUGAAAAAGGAUUUGCUAAAGGACCAACACUAUACUUUGCAACCGAUGAUUUAAUUGUGACACCAAUGUUAUCCAUUUCUAUUAUAUCUCCUUUAAAUAGUACUAAUACUCCCAUUUGUGACUUGGUGGAGAAAAUGGUCAGCAUUGGCUCUCGCAUAUUGAAAGCAUCAUUGACCACCACAUCAGCUUUGACAACUGGUCUCAAUCACUUGUUCUCCAAAGUUAAGGAGGAGAAAUGA